CGCCGACGCCGCAAAGACGGCGGCGCUGCGCGGCAUGGCCGCCGUGCGUGCGGCGCCCUUCAAGCACGCCCUCACCUUUGCCGGCGUGCACGUCACCAUUGCCCAGCUGGCGCUGCUGCCGGCGUACGCCGUGCUGCGCUACACGGGCCUCGGCACUAGUCUCGUCGCUGGCCCGCAGGCGGCCUACUUCCUGGCGCGCCCGCUGCCCGACUGGGCAUGCUCCAGCCUCGGCAUCAAGGAGGGCACGACCGAUGCCGGCACCAAGCGUGCGCCCACCGUCGAGGACGCCGUCGAGAUGGGCCUGAAGCGCGUCGCCAGCGGCGCCUGGGCAGGUGGAGGUGCCAUCUUCCGCCUCGUCGGCGCCGUCAAGAAGGGCAAGGACGACCCAGUCGCCAUGCUGCAGCAGGUCACCGACGAGUACAAGCGCGGCAAGCAGCAGGGCCUCGAGCAGGCCGACGCGGCCAUCGACGAGGUCAAGGAGAAGAAGUCGCUGAAGCAGAGCAUCGGCGGCGCGCUCGGCGGCCGUGCGCAGAAGAUUGCGGGCGACGUCAAGAUCGGCCAGGUCAGAGACGCGCUCGGCGCAUAUGUCAUCGUCAAGGUGAGUGCCGCAUGUAUGCAGCAGGCUGUGGGACGUGCUGACCUCUCGCUACAGAUGCUCCUGCCCCUGCGCAUUCCUCUGUCUCUGUGGCUCACGCCUCGCUUCGCUCGCGGCAUGUCGCGCGUCUUCACUCGUCGCGGCUAGUCCAGAUCGCCAGCCUCCGUCCGCCUUUUCCUCCUCUGCUCAGCACAGCUUCCCAUGCUCCGGAUUCCCGCCUCUCUCAUUCGGUCGCCACUAGUCAAGGAACUGCUAAUACAUCAUCACACAUUGCGCCGGAAACAG